UUUUAACCAUCGACUUUCACAAACAUCACGUCGAUCGUAAAUCUGAUAUUGAGAUGAACAUCAAUAUUAGACUUACUUCUACUUGUCAUAUUGGGUUUAGGUUUUUGACGAUGAAUUGUUUAUCCUUAACUAUUGAUUCUCAAGGAACUUGUGUAUUUAAUCUUCAUGUUUUUGCCACGGACAAACCACACAAGUAUUGAUGCCACUCUUCGUCAUCAAUCAUCACUCAUCCCAAAUUAAUUAGCCGCAUUUUUGUUCGAGGACAACUUGUCCUUUUGGUUGCAAAGCAACUUCUGAGUUGAAGCCAGUCUCUAAGACAAGGCCGUACCACAUUUCUCCGACAAAAGAGACAACAACUUUUGGCACCCAGCAAAGAGAAGAAACCAGCUACCGCGAGGACUGUCAUCACGCCUUCUUUUUACCAGCAGGUAGUUUUCUGACUACGACGAGGUUUCCAGGAUCUUGCCUUUUCCGAAGAAGAACAUCGUUCGGCACUUUUCCUUCUGUCGACUACAGCAAGAGCCAAGCUUCGAAGUAAGUACUAGCAGUACCAGUUCAAGUUCAAGUGCCAGUUGUACUUUCAAAGUGGAUUGUCUAGAUAUCGAUUAUUCAGCACCACGCGUUGCCGGAGAAGGAGACAAGAGAACUCAGAGAACAAGUUUUCAGCGGCCUUUCAACAAUUCAAAGCAAAGAAGGAAGCACUCUAUUGUUAUCCGGAAACACUGCCACCUUGUUGCAGCCAGAUAGCAACUUAAAAGUCAGCAGCUACUUCCGAGAAUAACAAUAAGCGAAGAAGUAAAAUACCACUAGUUACUACGCCAUCUUCGCAACGGGAACAAGAGGACGUCGGCGAUAGUAGGAGCAAGCAAGAGGACAGUCUUAUUACCAGGAUACUAACUGCGAGUUUCAGUUUCGGUUUCGGAGCUCGCUGCGGAUAAAAGCUAACAAAAAUAAACAACUCUGUCAGAAACAACACAAAAAGUCAAAAAACAUGACGGAUGCAAUGUCGUCUCUGGUUUCGGCCACAGGGCUGUCCGGCUGGCAAUCGCCGCUGGAGUUGGCUGCCCAUUUUCAAGACCCACUGUACCUAUUGAUUAUUCCUUACAUCGUGGGGCAGCCGCUUUUCCGCGAUUACGUGAAGGUCACGAACCUGUAUGAAGAAAACAAGCGGGUGUGUAAGGUACGGCGCAUUACCUACAACUGCAUGUUUUCUUUGCAGUCACUUCAUUUUCAGAUUUUAGUCAACUAUUCUUCAUCAAUUUGAAAUCAAAUGAGAACAAACUCGAAAGCAAACAGCUCUUUUGCUGCGUUUUACACAUGACGUCGUUUAUGAUACGGUAGUAGUUCCUGCCUUAUUCGAUUUUAUUUCGGACUAGAAAACCACGCUGUCCCCUCUACUCAUAACAGUGGAUUAUGUGCGCUUACAACCUGAUUCUGGCGGCGUUCAGUCUUUGGGCUGCUGUGUACAUGGUUUACAUCAUGGCUACGGAGCUGCCGCAUGGAGUGUAUGGACCUGGGCACUACGAAUCGGAAACGUACAACACGAUUUCCUGGUGGUUCUACAUCUCGAAGUACGUUGAGUUCCUCGACACCUACUUCUUGAUCUUGUGUGGCCGUCCGGUAAUUUGGCUCCAAUUCCUCCACCACAUUGGAGCGCCUCUUGAUCUGGGCGUCUGGUACCAAGUCGCAAUUCUUUAGGUUUUUUAGAUUUUUUAGAUUUGCUUUCUCAUCUGAAAGUAUUAACUCAAGCAAGUCAGAGGAAAAUAUCAUAUUUUGUAUGCUUAACCGCUAGAGUAAACUAACACUUUGUUCCUAUCGCAGGCACAACAACCAAGUCGAGGGAACGUGGAUUUAUGUCGUUUUUAACGGCUUUAUCCACACAGUGAUGUACUACUACUACGCGUGUUGCAUCAUGAAGUGGCCCUUUCCGUGGAAGCAGAUGAUCACGAACAUGCAGUUGUUACAGUUUGUGAGUGGCCUGGGUGUUGUCAUUCCCUACGCCUUCAGCGCGCCGUUCUGGUCGGACCCAGCGAAGCGCUGCGCGUUCGGUUUCAACUAUGCCUAUGUGCUGAUGAACCUGACGCUUUUCAUCAACUUCUACCGCCAGACUUACCUUGCAAAAAAGAACAAAGCCGCAAAAGGAGCGAAAACUGGCGGCGACGGUGGUAACUGUCAUGUUAGUGUACGCAGUUUUUCUUUGUUUAGUCGAGUAACACUAACAGAUUGUUGAUGAAUUGAAGACGCGAGGAAAUAGAUGUGUUUAAGAAUAUUAGGUUUUGCAUAUUGUAAAGCACUAAUGUAUGAUCUACCGAAGGAUUAGCAACUGGUCUGGGAUUGCGGCAUUCAUAAUGAGGUUGUGGACUUUGUUUGCGACGACUCACAAAUGAGAGUGUUGUGAUGAGGAUCUGAAGUUGUAGCUAUCUGUGUUUAUCUUCGAGAUCGUGUUUUGUGAUCGUCCAGUGAGUGUGGUAUUUCGAUCUUCUGACCAAAAAUCAAAAUUUAGUACAAAAAUUUUGGGCAACAAGAAAUCGAUUUUCUCAAUAUGUAUCCUAUCUAGGCGGCGACUCGGACUCUUCGAAGACCCUGCUGAAGGACGAUGACGAUGCUGGUUCAAAGCCGGUGAAAGAUUCGGAUGCAAAGGCAGAAGACAAGAUGAACAAGAACACGUCGUCCGACACAAGCCGCAACGACGAGGCCACCGCCGCGCGCAAGAGGAAAGAGAGCGCCAUGAAGGAUUUGCGGAUUUGGUACAAAGGCCAGGCGAUCAAGGUGACGCCGGAAUGGCAGAACAAGCACCCUGGCGGCGUGAAGGUGCUGCGCAUUUUCCACGAUCGUGACGCCACGGAUGUAAUUCUUGGUAUGCACAGCGACCAGGGGCGCGGGAUGGUCGAGGCAAUGGCGGCUGCCAGCGCUUCUGGCCAGCAGUUUGGCGAAGUCGAUAUCCCGGCGCCUAUUGAAAAGGCAAUGGAGACGACUCUGGAGGCUACGACGAAAAUGACGGUGAACUACCAGGACUUGAAGUACGAGUACACGACAAGUCUGUACGAAAAGCUGUGGCAAACCGCGCGUGAGCGCGGCCUCUUCAAUCCUUGUCCGUUGGACGAGGCGUGGAAAGCCUUUUACAACUUCGGCUUCGUCUUCUUCGGCAUGGCACUGGCGUGUGGCGUUCUCGAAGAAAAGUGCGCUUUAUUGUUUGCAGCUAUCUCCUCCUUGUCGCCUAGCGAUUCUGCGUCGAUGUUAACCUUCGGCCGCGAGGCGCAACUGUGGGUGGGUCUUCUCUCUAUGGCCUUCGGAUGGUACCAACUUGGGUGGCUUGGACACGACUGGUCCCAUCACACUUACUUGCCGAAGAGCAACAGCAAGAACUGCACGAUGAACGAUUGGCUCGCGUGGAGUUUGACUAUCGUUCGACCGACGUCGGUGCUGUCGUGGAAGCUGCGACACAACACGCACCAUGCCGUGACCAACGAGAUGGGCAACGAUCCCGAUAUCCGCCUGUCUCCGAUCCUCCACUUCUUCGAGGAUUUUGACCCUUCGGUGCUGACCGCGUUGCAGCAUGUCUAUUUCGUGCCGCUCGUGGGCUUCGUCCCAGUCCUCUACUGGCACGUCGACUCGUGGAUCGGCUCCUACAAGCAUUGGAGUUCUAAAAACAAGACGACGCGCGCGCAUGCGCGCUGGGACGCACUGGCAAUGCUGCUCCACUACGCGCUCAUUGUGUAUCCUCUGCUCGCCGCAAACGAUUUCCGCGUUCUGCCGCUGCUCGCGGCCUACUACAUCAGCGGUCUUUGGAGCGGGGUGAUCGUCUUUGCUUCUCACUACGGUGAGGAACGCCUGUACGACAAGGAUUUGGAGAAAAUUGAAAUGUCUGUGCCAGCGCUAAAGAACGAGGUGGAAUCUGCCGUCGCAGAAACUUCAUCGCUCUCCGCUGUUCCUAUUACGGUCAAGCGCAUCGGCUUGCUGGAGGAGACCGCACGCACGGUUCGCAACAUUCAAUCUUUCUCGCGUACCACGAUGGAGGAGAGCUUCUGGUUCUGGCUCACUGGUGGGCUGAACACGCAAUUCGAGCAUCACCUCUUCCCGAUGAUGCCUCGUUGCAAUCUGCGAGACGUGACGGCACCAGUGAAGGCCGUUUGCGCGGCCAACGGCCUGCGAUUCGAGGAGGACAAUUUGAAGGAUUGCGUGGCGCUUUGCGCGAAUCUGUUGCGAGACAACGUAAAACGCAACGUUCAACGCCUAAUGGUGAUGGGUGGUCGUGGACGCACCAAGCAGCCGAAGGAGGCCAGCGAUAUCAAUGUUGACGCGGCUGCUGCCGAGGGUGAUACCCAUACUACCAAGAAUCACGCUUCGUCGCUGACAAGUCCCUCGUUUCGCGGCUCGCUGACGACACUCGUCAAGGCUGUCGUGCUGCUGUGUUUGGGCAGUCUCUUUUCGGGCCAAAGCUGUGGCUUCCCGAAGUACAUGGUUCCGGUCGGCAUCUUUCUGAGUUGUAUCGCGCUUACCGCAGUCGACUGCGUUCGCGAAGACUGUGAGCGAUCGGUCUUUUCGCCGAGCAAAACGCUGAACUUUGUGCUCAAGUACGCUUUCAGCGGCGUCAGUCUGUGCACACUGGCCACUAUCGGAACCGUCUUUGUGCUCUACAGCUCGCAGACUCCGGUUUUCUCGUGGUCCAAUUUGCUUUACUCCCUCAACUACUUCGCGCUGCCGCUUUUGAUCAUGCGAUUGAGCCAGUUUUCGCAAGCGGUUACUGGCAGCGACACCACGUCCGUUUGCCCUGGUCGAGUCCAGAGCGGCCCCUUGAGUGAGGAUUCAUUGCGUUCCACGAGCGAAGACACAGCAGGUGUUUCCACUACGACAAAGAGUGGACGUGUCGCUCUGGGUGACGCAACUCCUGAUGGAGCAGUGGGCGGUCCGGCUUUGAAGCGGCGUAAGCGCUCUGUCUCGCCGAGAAAGCAGUUGCACGGCACGCCCUCGGUAGACCGCCUGGUGCCUGGCCUGGUCGGUAAGCUCGAGGAGUGGGCACAGUUCCUCGACGAAGCGACGCGUCCAAAUGACAUGCCGGGCCCGAUGCAAGGGGGACUUCCAUUCGCUCGCAAUCGUUUGGCUUGUAUCCCCAUGUACCGGGUUUCGAGGUUUAUGAAGGCGGUAGAGAACGACCUGGAACGCACAAGGGAGGCUAUCUCGAAGGCCGCAGCCGAUGCUGGUGAGCUGCUUCAGGAGGAAGCUGCGAUGGUCGAUGGCAUCGAUUACUCCUCUUCAGGCGAUGACUCUACACCUGUCUUGAGAGGGAAAAACACGUUGCCAAAAUCGAAUGCCGCCAAGGAGGACACGCGCAACAUGAUGGAGAUCUGUGCCGCAGGAUGUGAUAGCUCGGUGCUGGUUCUCGGUGAUAUCAGUCCAGCGUUUCGAAAUGUUGCAGAGAAGACGAGCGCACGAAAGAAGCGCCACAAGGCAACUUUUCUGCGUAAGACACCCAGUGCAGUCGAGUCCUCGGAUGGCUAUGAAGAGGAGGGCUUCUCAACGAUCGCUACCUGUUCUACGGCUGCGACCAACUCCGGAACGCAGACACCUGAUGAGGAGAACGUCGCUGAGCAGUUGAAUGCUUCUGCUUUCAAAGGUUUGGAAGAAGAGACCGCAGAAGUGAUGUCGCCCUCGCAGGUUAAGGCAUUUCCCGCUGUGGAGCUUUCGUUAACGACCCGCAUCGCGCUCGCAAUCUUGCGUGUGGGACUAUUUCCAGUGCAGUGGGCGUUUCAAAAGAUCUUUCUAUCCGGUGACAUCGAGUUGUACUGUGUGGUUGUAGCAUACCUGCUUAUGGUUUACGUAGGCUCCUUUUACUUCGCGUACACUCCGGUCUGCAUCUUCAUUGGACUCAUCGCGCCGCGAUCGCAGGGUACACGAUUCCUGGAGCGGCAGUUUGCGAAACUGGAGAAAGCGAUCAUCCUAAAUGAGGCUGCAACGGUGCAAGAGCUCGCUUCAUCCGAUGGUGAGACGAGUGUCGAGGUUGUGAAUACGGAACAACAAUCUAGAGUGCUCUCGUCGGCAAAAUCUACCAAGCGUGGCGCCUCGUCCGGGGUCUACGUGUUUGGACACCGUCUUAACGUCUUCAUGUGCUUUUACAUGGGCUUGAACCACUUGAUUGCACUACAUGCGCUUGCGGUAUUAUUCUUGUUCGGCGGUCGCGAUGUUGUGCUAGAAACGGGCGAUUACAUGCUGCGAACCGGAUGCCAGAUGUGUCUGACGAAGUUGACGGAACUUGAAAUUAUACCGGAAUUGAGCCGGUUUUCAUCCAGUGCUUCCAGUCCGCUCGCUCCUGCCAUGUCGCCGAUUGAGAUUGCGCCCGUAAAGUGGCAAACACUGGCUCUUGCCUUCCUGUUGUGGCCGAUUUCCGGACUCGGAAUCACAGCAGGCGCGCACCGGCUGUGGUCGCACCGAAGCUACGAGGCGCACUGGUUGACCCGCCUCUUCCUGAUGCUCUGCAACUCCAUUGCGAACCAGACCAGCAUUUACCACUGGGCGCGCGACCACCGCACUCACCACAUCCACUCCGACACCGAGUCAGAUCCGCAUGAUUCCAACCGCGGCUGGUUUUACUCCCAUGUCGGCUGGCUCCUCGUGCACAAGCCCGAAGCCGUGCGCAAAGCAGGUCGCAAAGUGGACGUCAGCGACCUUCUGCGCGACGCGCUCGUGAUGUUCCAAAAGAAGACCGACCCGUGGUGGAACUUCGCGUGGUGCUUCGCGGUCCCAGCGUUCAUCUCGGUGUACUUUUGGCAAGAAACUCUGUGGAACGGUUUCCUCUUCGCCGGCGUGCUUCGCUACGUCUACGUGCUGCAUUGCACCUGGUCCGUGAACUCCAUCGUGCACACGGACUUCGGCCCGUCGACCUACGAUCCCAAAGAGCCGCCAAGUGAGAGCCGCCUGGUCUCCAUCCUGGCUAUGGGCGAAGGCUGGCAUAGCUGGCACCACGCCUUCGCUUUCGACUACGCCACCGCGGAGCUUGAUUGCUUCCAGCAGUGGAACCCAACCAAAGUGUUUAUCGACAUGAUGGCAAUGCUAGGCCUUGUUCGCAAUCGUAAGCGUGGUCUUCGCAUGUGGGGUAAGCGCAAGGAGGCGAUGCGUCAGGCAGCGGCCGCGGAGGGCAUGGUGCUCGUUGAGAGUCUUCACGGGCCCCCGCUCUUUAAGGUUCGCACUAUCGAAACUGUGCCGCAAGACAAGACGGCUGUUUCUCCGCUCUCACUGAACUCUGCGAAGGUGCUGGACGAGAAUCCUUCCGGAGUCUCUGCUGGUGAGCUUGAUCGUAUCGUCGACAUCAAAGACUGGGAGAAGACCACGGGUUUGACCAAAGACGCGAUCAUGUCUGCUAUUCCAGACCGUCUGAAGAAACGUUCUGCUCUCACGUCCGGUGCGUACCUUGUGCGAGACAUCGUGUAUUGUACCUCAAUUAUCGUCGCUGCCAUCUUUGUGCGUCAACGUCUGCUGCGCGAACUGACCGAUACCAGCGUCAUCGUGGAGGCCCAGGAUCUUCAGAACGGGCACGCCAACAUCUUCGCAAUGUUGAAAGGGGCUGUUGGAGCUUCGCUUGCGAACUACGCGGCAUCCUUGGUUUUCGCCGCUUUCUGGACCACCUACGCAAUGGCUCUCGGUACGGCUGCGACCGGCGUGUGGGUCGUUGGUCACGAAUGUGGCCACGGGGCCUUCUCGGAGAGCAACCUAAUCAACGACACGGUGGGCUACUUCACGCACACACUGUUGCUUGUGCCGUACUUCGCAUGGCAGUUCACUCACGGGAAGCACCACAAGUACACCAACCACCUCACGAUGGGCGAGACGCACGUUCCUGCGUCGAACCCAACGUGGUUGAACAGACUUGCUGCGUCGGUUCGCCACAUUCCCGGUGCCGAGAACAUCACAUCCCUCUUCGACUGCUUUUUGCACUUGGUUCUCGGGUGGCCGUUGUACCUCAUUUUCAAUCUCAGCGGGGGGCGCACGAACUGGAAGGGCGAGCGACUGAACAAGAAGAAGAACAUUACUCACUUCUACGCCGCGAACAGCGAAAUCUUCCCGCCGCAGUGGCAUCUACGCAUUAACCUCUCCGGCCUGGGUGUCGCCGCGAUGUUCAUUGGCCUUGCGCACUGGGCUAAGCAAGCGUCCCUCCAAAGCGUCGUCCUUUGGUACUUCCUCCCCUACAUGGUCACCAACGGUUGGUUGGUGCUGUACACCUGGUUGCAACACACUCACGAGGAUGUUCCUCACUUCGGCGUGGAGUCCUUCAACUGGCUGCGCGGUGCGCUGAGCACUAUCGACCGCCCUUAUCCCUGGUUGAUCGACCACCUUCACCACCGCAUCGGCUCGACGCACGUGAUGCACCACCUGAACUUCCGCAUCCCGCACUACCACGCUGGCGAAGCAACGGAGUACGUGAAGCCGCUCCUCGGGAACCUCUAUCGCUUCGACGCGCGUCCAGUGUUCUCCGAAGUGCUGCUGUCUGUCACAAAGAACUGUGAGCACGUUGAUGGAGUACAGGGUGUGCAGUUCUACCGUGGUGGCGGCAUUGCGAACACAAUGCACACAGUUACCACUCCGCUCAGUGCCAGGAAGGUUGAGGCCGGUGACAGUGAUGUGUCACUGUCUUGUGGUCAUCAACAAGAUCCUGCGCCGUCUACGAGCACGAAGCGUAUGGUUCGUUCGCCUACCACAGGUUUGCUACAUGAAAUCGAGUUUCCAGGAGCUCCGGUUGGGCCCCAGAUCAAUUUCAAUGUCAACGAUUCCAACACCGGCGUUAUCACGACGCUUUUGCAGGACUCCACUGUAAUUCCUUCGCAGAUCGAGGUGAAGCAGCAACACGUCGGCAUCGUAGAUAAGGAAGCCGCAGUCGCCAAAGAAGACGAGGCCUCGCUUUCCUCUGAUUCGGCGAUCGAAACGAACAUCGCAACCGCAGGUACUGUCGCUCCUCGUGGAAAGAAGGACUCGAAGGAGACGACCAAAAUGGAGCUGCUGAUCGAUGGGAAAAUUGUCGAUGUGACGUCGUACAUCGGCAAACAUCCUGGAGGCCGCGUUUUGGAGUUUAUGGCCGGCACAGAUGCCACGGACGCCUACAACCAGUUUCAUCACCGUUCGGAGCGCGCAAACAAGAUUCUGCAGCGACUGCCGCAGCGAGAGCCAUCCGAUGCUGCUGAGCUCGAGAGCUUUGCAAACGUCGGCAACCAACCUCUGCUAGCUGGUAUCCGGGCCUUGGAAAUGGAACUGGAGCAGGAGGGCUUUUUCGAGCCGAGCCCAACGCAUGCCGCUUAUCGCAUCUUUGAGGUGUUUGCGAUGCACACCAUCGGUCUCGCGUUGCUGACAGCGUCUGCGAUGCCAGGAACAAGCACUAUGGUCAGCAACGCACUCGUUGUGCUCGGAGUGCUGGUUUUGGCGAUCGUACAGGGCCGCUGCGGCUGGCUACAACAUGAAGGUGGACACUACAGCCUUACUGGAACUAUGUGGCUGGAUCGUCGAGUGCAGCAAAUGCUGUACGGCCUAGGCUGUGGCAUGGCGGGGUCCUGGUGGCGCAAUCAGCACAACAAGCACCACGCCACUCCGCAGAAGGAGGGCCACGACGUCGACUUGAACACGCUGCCGCUUGUCGCGUUCCACACUGGUGCCGUAACGGAAACGCGCUUCGGGCGUCGGAUGGCGAAAUCUGCAUUCUGGGCGCAGACGUGGCUGAAAAAUCAGAGCUAUCUCUUCUCGCCCCUGAUCUGUCUUCUUGUGGCACUUUUCUGGCAGCUCUACCUGCACCCGCGCCAUGCCAUGCGGACAGGAAACUUCGCAGAGCUUUUCUGGAUGGGACUCAGGUACUCUAGUACUGAUGCAUUCUUUGCAUGCUAAACUACUAUAGUUCGCAACUGGAUUUGGUAUUGUUAUCCCAUCUUUUAGAUUUUAUGAAGGUAAUGGUAAUGGCUGACACAAAUCUAAAAAAUCGAUAACAUGCUAAACCACUAUAGUUUGCAAGUGGAUGUGGUAUUCUUAUCCCAUCUUUUAGAUUUUAUGAAGGUAAUGGUAAUGGCUGACACAAAUCUAAAAAAUCUAAAUUAUCGAAAGGUAUGCGCUGUGUUUUCCAUUUAUGAUGAGCUACUUGGGAUGGAGUUGCGGCUUCUCUCUGCUUUGCUACAUCGUCUAUGUUCAAGUCGGCUCUGCCUACAUUUUCACAAACUUCGCGGUGUCGCAUACGCAUUUAGCCACCGUCAAGGCGGACGAGCAUCGCAAUUGGGCCGAGUAUUCUAUUUUGGUUUUGUCUCAUUGUUGCAUGACGUUCUGCUCCCUGAAACGACGCAGUGAGCUGCUACCGUUUUUUGGAAAUCAGAUCUUGACUAGGAGAGUCCCAUUCCGACUUGUCCUUUUCCGCGCUGACUGGUACCACUAUGUGUAUGUAUCCAAGGCCAAGAACCGAAAGACGAGAACAGCAUGCGUUUUCUCUCACAUCACUUCUAAAAACUGGACAAGGUACGCUGGUGAGCACACGAUGAAUUGCACCUCCCAUCCGGGGACGAACUGGUGGAUGGCGUAUUUGAACUUUCAGAUCGAGCACCACUUGUGGCCGCAGAUGCCCCAAUUCCGCUUCCCACAAGUCUCACCGCGCGUGCGAGCUGUAUUUGAGAAGCAUGGGCAAGAGUACAAAGUGAUGCCGUACUGGAAAGCAAUUUUCCACACCUUGAAGCACCUGGACACGGUCGCAAACGAGGCACUCGAAAUGACCGGAUACCACGGAAACCACUGA